GCUGUGCUCAUUGGCAUUGACGAUUAUGCGUCCUACCCGCUGCAUGGUUGCGUAUCAGAUGCUAAAUCAAUGGGGAAGUAUUUGAUCGACGACCUCGGUGUGCCUAAGGGUCGCAUCCAAGUCCUUCUCGGGUCGAAGAAGGAAGUUUCCCUUGAUCCCACAAAGAAUCCUUCCCGCGCCAGCAUCAUUCGCACACUUCUCAGUGUCAUUGGCAAUCCCCAUAUCAAGUACGGCGAUAAUAUCAUCAUCUACUAUGCCGGACAUGGUUCUCGCUAUUCAUUUUCGGAGGAAGAUGACGAGCAAGCAGAAAUGGGAUUCGUCGAAGCACUGUGUCCCAUCGAUCGUGGUACCGCUGACUCCAACGGUAUUCCCGUCCCUGACAUUAGUGACCGGGAAUUUAAUACCAUCCUAACCCUGAUCGCCCGAGCCAAGGGACGCCGAAUCACAGUCAUUCUCGACUGUUGCCACUCUGGUGGUGUCACUCGA